CUCUCAUUUAACAACAUAACCAUAAUUUCUUAACCAAACAAACAAAAAGAAAAGCUUUUUUCUCCCUGAUAAACAAUAGUUUAUUACCUGACUACUUCGAAGCUCUUUUUUUGUCGGUACAACGUAAAGAAGAGAAAGCAAAAUCAAAUGAGGAGAGUUAGCUGGUCUACUGUUUUGAUCGUGGUGAUGAUGGUGUCGUUGUUGGUAGUAGAACACGUGGUGCUCCCGGCAGAGGCAGGGAGGGUUCUAACGGAGAAAUUGGGAGACGGAAGAGCGACGGUGAUAAGGGUGGAGAAGAUGAAGUCGACGGUGGAUUACUGGUUUCAGCGUUUGGCUUCGGGUCCGAGUCCAAGUGGUCGCGGCCAUUAAACUAGUUUUUUUUUUCUAGCUGGAGGUGAUCCAUUAGCGUCGAUAUGACAUGAUUACCAAAAACAAAACCGUCAAAAACUGUAUCACAUUCAUUUAUUUUAUUUUUUCAUUUUUUC